AUGCAAACGCUUAUUUUAGUGUUUUUAGCGCUCAUCACAGGAGCCCGAACAGCUCUUCCAUGGAACGGUCAAAGUCUUCCGACAUCAUUCACCUUCGAGACAUUAUCCAAUACACCAUCCGCAACUCAACUGAAGCUGCAUUCGUAUAGAUCUCCACCAGUAGCCUCCUCCUACCAUCAACCAUAUAAUUUUGACUUUUCACAUCUUUUUGCAAAUCCCUCCUCAGCCGCCACGGCCACAGCGUCUGCUUAUGCCACAAAUGCGGCACAGUUCGCUCAGCAAUUUGUUGCCACUGCACCACCUGUGAAUGCACAGGUCGAUCAGCAAAACCUCGUCAAAUACAGUCAAUAUCUGGAGCUUCUACGGAACGCCUACGGCAUUCAACUACCUGGUGAACUCGGACAACAGCCAUCAGCCCAAUCUCAGGCUGAGUAUCAGUUGUCAGCAUAUCCAUCAGCUACAGCGACCUCAUAUCAAACCGGUGCUGGACAGCAAGCCGUGCAGGCACAACCCACUUAUCAGCUAUCCAGUUACGCAUCUGCUGCUGCGCCAACCUAUCAGGCUAGCGCAGCACAACAGUCGAUUCCUUCACAGAUCGAGUACCAAUUGACUUCUUACCCAUUGGCUGGUGGUCAGUAUCAGGCGGGAGCUGGCGCUUACAGUUCUGCUGUACAACCAGUUGAUCAGACCAUUUCACAUCCUACGGUCACCUAUGCAACCUCAGCUGCUACGCCCCAGCCGCAAUAUCAGGUUUACCAACCGCAAACCUCUUCCUUCUACGGACAA